AUGGAAGUUAUAAAAUUGCAAAAUGUAACAUUUACCAAAAUAGAAAAGGAUCCAAUUCCUUUCCUGGGAAUCGAUUCUAAGCAUUGUGAAAACUCUGAAAAUUGGGAAGAAGUUGCUCAAGACUCUAUGAAUGAAGCUGCUGAAAAGGAAAGGAAUUUUGCUAUAGCUGACGGAAGGAUUUCUAAAACUGGUGUGCCCAUAAUAGAUGUUGUUGCGGAUGGGUGUAUUCCAAGAGAUCAUAUAAAAAAAACUAUUCUGCUUUAUCAGGAGCAGCAGCUAUCAUUGGAAAAAGAACAGUGUCUUCGGGGCAUUCGGGAGUCAGCAAGUGACGUACAUGCGUCGACAGGUCUGAGCCCGCACUCUGCUCCCGCGUCGCCCUUGCCCCCGCGCGGCGUCCGCCCUUACCUUUCGCGCCGGGUGUUAUAA